UUGCAUUAACGGUGGUGAAACUGAAUAAACAAGUAGGACAAACACUAAAAAACCGAGGCUUUCAGAAUCAUGGCCAUCCAUUCCAACGCAGCUCGCUGAGGAAAUGUUCUUGUCUUUUCCUAUAAAUUUGCUUUAUGCAAUCACCAAACUCCGCACUUCUCAGGGAUAGAAUUCUGGACAUGGAUGCCAGUGCUUCACCAAAUAGUGCCAAAAUCCAAAAGGUUUUUGGAGGACAGGAUGCAAGUCAGGAAAAAGAUUUAGUCAGCAGAUUGCCUGACGAUAUUCUUGUUCACAUUCUAUCAUUCCUUCCAACUGAAGAUGCUAUAAAAACUUCCAUAUUAUCGAAAAGAUGGAAGUACCUGUGGGUUUCCAUUCCCAACUUCUGUUUUUGUGAUCAUUCAGUCUGGUCAAGGACCAUGAGCCAUGACCUGCUUCUAGAAGUUUUGGCUAGCUUCUUUAGUUCAGUAGAGAGCGGAGCCCCUGUUCAAAAUGGACCAUGCAUAGGGAAAUUCUAUCGUUGGUUAGAAAUGCCUGUAGCUGCAUCCCGUCUUCGCUCAUGGCUGUCUGCUGCAGUAAAGCACAAUGUUCAGGAGCUGAAACUUUUCUUACCUAAGGGAAUAGAGUUUGUAUUGCCUAAUAGUCUAUUCACUUCCAAAUCACUGUGGCAUUUUACGUUGAAAAUGGAUUGCAAUCUGAAGCUUCCAGGUUUCAUCUGUUUCUCUAGCCUUAAGUACUUGAAUCUUCGUGGUGUUACGUUUCAGGAUGAUCAGUCCACCCAACAACUAUUUUCUGGUUUUCCAGUCCUUGAACACUUAACCUUAUUUAAAUGUAAUUGGGGAAAUAUAAAUGAAAUUACCAUUGAAAUUCCCACAUUAAAGUCGUUGACUUUUUUUGAAAAGGUUAUUUUCGAAGAUAAUUUCCUUAAUUGCAAGAUCGUAAUUUCCGCAUUGAAUCUGGAGACUCUCAAAGUUCGCGGUUAUCUGAAUGUUGAACUUUUACCAUGUAACCUACUAUCUUUGGAUGAAGCAUCUGUCAAUAUUGAGUACUUGAUUGAUGGGCAGCAAGAACACAGUCAUCGCCUGGUAAAACUACUUUGUGGCCUUCCCAACAUUAAAUCUCUUAAACUGUCAAAUGAAGCCCUUGAGUGUCUCCUCUUUGCAGAAUCUUGUCCAGGGCAUCUUCCUACGUUUUAUAAUUUGACUACAUUGAAUGCAUCUAUGAAUGGUCCUUAUGUCAUGAAUGACGAUUAUACUAGCGGUGCAUUAAUAUAUGUGCUUCAAAAAUCGCCAAAUCUUAAAUCUCUCAUCCUUUCAAGGGGAUUCGAACCAGAGGACGUAGACAUGAUAAUGGACAUUGUGCCUGGUUGUUUUCAGCAUUGCCUCAAAUCUGUUCUAAUCUAUAAUGUUGAUGGGGCUGCACAAGAGUUAUGUUCCUUAAAAUAUUUGUACGAGAAUGCACCUGUUUUGGAGAGCUUAUCUGUCAUUUGUUCACCACAAUUAACCAAGGAUUUAGAGAAACAGGAAGAGAUCCGUCAUGAAUUGGAACAACUUCGUGGCGGCUCUGGCAGUUGCAAGAUCGUGUUCCUUCCCUAUGGGGCUUCCUUAUAAACUUAGCAAUUGUGAAAGCCUUAACCAUCAAUGUGUCGGUCAAUAACUUCGGGACGGGAAAUUGACCAUGCUAUAUCUUUCGAUUGUCCUGUGAUCCAUUGGUAGAUAGUCCAGUGAUUUAUUGGUAAAAUAUUGAUAUAUUAAUUUCAAUAAUUAAGACUCAAUUUUUAAUAGUUUCAAAUAAAAAAAAACGUUAUAUCGAUGAUAAACCGUUAAGAAUUUUUUUUUUACAGUGGAAAAGGAUUCAUUUCAUCAUUAACAACUGUUGUACAAUUAUCCAUUAUAGCACUAGAUAUACAUUCAGGGCAUUCCUCAAUGCAAGAUUAGCUGCUUUGGCCUCUGCAUGGAACGGACUGCCCACGUCUAUUAUGGAACCGCUGCUGCUGCUAUUACUGCUCCAGUAUUAUCUCGUGCCACAGCCUACACCAUCCUUCUUUGUUUGCAGGUUUGCUGCCCCAUCGAAAUUGACUUUACUGUCCCAUCUCUGGGUCGCUUCCACCGCACUUGUAUUCUGAUAUAGCAUGGAUGCUAACUGCAUUUAUUUGAUCUCCUCUUUGUAUUUCAAGAUGAAAUUCACCAAUUCAUGCACGUUCCUUCUCUGAA